AUGGUCAUGCCGCGGCACGUCGGCGUCAACUUGCCAGACGCCGACGUUUUGCCCAGCGACAAGGGCGACGAGCUCAAACCUCUUCGGCGUCGCGACGUGAGGUUCGACAACUUCGAGAUCGAUCGCUACGCUGCGCUGCCCCAGGUCGACAAGGACGAAGAUCUACUCGAGUGGUGGCGGUCGCACAAGUCGUACAACCUCGGCGACAACAUAUUCAAGGCCCAAAAGUGCACGCAGUCGUGGCUGCAGCUUGCAAAGGCGUUGGACUUCCCGCUCCCAGCCGACUACCUACAGGCACUCGACGACUUCAAAGCGCGCGUGGACCUCUUGGAGAUGGCCAACGAAGACCCCGUCAUCUAG